AUGAAGGACACAUCCAAAGUUAUCAUUGGAGCAACCUUAGUAAUGGUUGUUACCCUUGCUUUUGUUGUAGCCCUCAUUCUUGUUCUUCUAGCGGAACUCUAUUGCUCUCUUUUACUUCAUCGCCACAAACUCAAGAACAAAAACACUCGAACCUUAACCAACACAAAAACCACCUUAACUAAUGUUUCUUCUCCUUCACAAUCACAUUCACCACAAAACUCUCCUCCUCCACCGCCACAAAACUUUACCAACAUUUACUCACAAGGUGUUCUCCAACCUCCAAGAAACUUUCUUUUUCCUUGCAUGGAAAAUAAUUCCAAAGAACAACAAAACAAACUUCAUCAAGUUAUCAACAUUCAAACACAUGAUGAAUCAUUAGUUUCAUCACCAUCACUAUCAAUGUCACCUUUUCUAUCAAGAGCUCCACCACAACAAAAAAACACAACAACCCAACAAAGUAAUGUCGGUGAAGCUCCAUGUCAAGAAAAAAAUGAACUUGUGUACAUUUCCAAUCCCAUUUACGAAAAUGAAGAAGAAAAAGAAAGUGGUGUAGAAGUAAAUACACCAUUUGAGACACCUAAUACUUCACCUUCACAUUUAGAAAAAAGUGACGGUAAUGGUGAUGGUGGUGUUGUUACAGCUGAAGUUGAAGUUUAUACACCACCUUUGACUCCAAUGAAGAAGCUAGAUGCAGAAGCUUGUUCUCUUUCUCUUAGAGAUGUUAGGUCCUUAGGUACUAAUGGAAGUGAUUCUAUAAUUUCACGUAGUGUUAAUGGUUUAUCUUCUUCAUCUUCUGAUUCACCUUCUACUUCUCCUUCUUGGUGA